UGAGAUCAUUGAUAAGGCUGGUAGGUUUCACUUAAUCCAGGAAGUCACCACAGACAGCGGGGCACGGCUAUAUAUCGACCUGAAGUGAAGCAGAGGUCCUCAAUAAAAAGCCGUCCUGUACAGAGGCACAAUGAAGGGGACACUUUCUCUCAACGUGGUAACUGCUGCAACCAAGAUGGGCGCAGUGAAAUCAGCCGGACUGUCUCUUCUUCUGGUGUCUUUUCUUCUUUACGUAGCUGAUUCUUACCCCAACACUGACUUAUCAAACAUGGGCUGUGAGGAGUGCACACUGAGAAAGAACAGUAUUUUCUCGAGGGUGUACCAGUGCAUGGGCUGCUGCUUCUCCAGAGCGUACCCAACACCUCUCAAGGCCAUGAAGACAAUGACAAUCCCAAAGAACAUCACCUCAGAGGCAACGUGCUGUGUCGCCAAGCACAGCUACGAGGUACAGACAGAGGUGGCCGGCAUAAGGGUGAGAAACCAUACAGACUGCCACUGCAGCACCUGCUAUUUUCAUAAGAUAUGACAGAUGGGAACUGGAGACCAUUCUGCAGCACUCAGCUUGGCAACAAAUUGUGUUUCUUUUAAUAUGCACAAGCUCUUGCUCUUGUCUGUUUUUAAAUGUAUGUUCUUUUGUUGCAGGAUAAUAUUUUUGUAGCAAUUCUGUGUAUGUGAUGUGUAAUUAGUCUACAUUUUUUGCAUUGAUAGAUGUGUAUGAUUAAUUGUAGAAUGAAAAGCAAUUAAAAUGUGCACCCAGA